AUGUUCCCUGCGUCGUUGACCAAACUGACACUCAUACGCCUCUUCAAACACAUCACGCCUGGCAUGAUCCCCUCCUCUGUCACACACCUCUCAUUCCUCUACGAGGACAGCGGUGGAAGCGGAGUUGGACAAACAUCCACAUUCGAACCUGGCAGCCUGCCCCCUGGCCUGCACUUUCUUGAUCUCUUUUACUCACAGCCAUUCCAAAGCGAUGUCUUGCCAGGCUCCCUCAAACAUCUUCGCAUUCAACUUCCAACACAUAAUAGAGAGAUGCUACCUCUUGCGGAGGAGGACUCACUCGUGCCAAGUUGGUUCCUUCCUCCAUCACUCAAGCGUCUCACCAUGAGCCACUACCAAACCUUUACGCCGCCAAUGCUUCGGCCUGGUGUCAUUCCCCAGUCAGUGACGUCGUUGGAUUGUAGGAUGAGUCUGUGCGAUCAACAGUCAAUGCCAUCAACGCUAAGACACCUUAGCUAUCUUCUCGAGCUGUCAGACACGAAUGUCCAACUCUCGCUCAUGACCUCGCUUCAAUCGCUCAUUCUUUCAAACCUCACUCCAGAGUUCACAAUUCCGUUCAGAUCACUUCCACCAUCGUUGACAUCAUUGAAGCUCAGAUUCUCACCGUACCUCAGAGUAUGGGACAUGACCACUGGGUUGGCCGACAGAAUCCUUUGCAACCUUCCUCAUUCUAUCACCGACCUUGAAAUGAACCCGCCAUCAUUUGUUUACGUCCCCAAGUCAGUCACCAGCCUCGCAUUAUGUACACAUGCGCCUAUUCAACCAGGAGCGUUGCCAAGCUCCCUGACAUCAUUGGUCUUAUUUAAGGCAGAUGCCAAAUACACACUGUCUCCUGAUCAACUUCCCGCGUCAUUGACUGAACUCGCAGUGCACGACGCAGCAAUACUUCAGUUACAUACACCAUACUCGACAUUGAUCAGGAAUGUCAGGAUAAUGAAUGGUCCUCCAACAUUCCCAAGACAACUCGCACAAGUGUUUGCAGUUGGCACCAAUAUCGAGUAUCAUUACAAACAACAAGAUACCAGAGUGUCACAGUUCUGGAGAAUCAUCGAUCAAUCAUAUGUCUCACCUCAAAUUGUCGGUGGAUUCCUCAACACAUCAGUGGAGCCAGACUCGACGACUCCAAAAGACCACUAA